AUGAAGGGCCCCCUGCUCGGAGCCAUGUUCGCCCGGCACCUCAAGCGGCAUCCCGGCCUCGUGCCGCUCAUGGGCUUCAUCAGCGUGGGCCUGGGCAGCGCCGUCCUGUACCUGCUGCGCCUGGCCCUGUACAGCCCCGACGUGAGCUGGGACCGGAAAAACAACCCCGAGCCCUGGAACAAGCUGGGUCCCACGGACCAGUACAAAUUCGUGGCCGUUUCCACCGACUACAAGAGCCUCAAGAAGGAGCGUCCCAGCUUCUGAGCUGUGGAGACCCCCGGAAUCACUGCAUCCCCCCUGGA